CCCACCACCACCACCCACUACCACCCACCACCACCAAGCCUCCCAUCACAGCGCACCCAGGCCACUCACAUUGUUUAAUGUUGCGUUGAAGACGGCGACACACAACAGCGUUGACAAUAGAGAAGCGACAUCACACACCGUCACUCGCAUUGUUUGUCGUGGAGCACUGAAGACGUCAACACGCCGGCGUUGACAACAUACAUAUACCACGUGUGAAAGCCACAGGGACAGCUCGUGAUUACAGCUCUUCCGACACAGGGAUGAUGCACCUGGUGACACCAGCACAGCGGUGAUUCCAAGGUACGCAAGGCUUCCCGUGUAUCCGCUCCCUGGCCGUGCCUAAGGAGGAGAGUGGCAUGGCUACAGGGGGGAUGCCCAAUGAAAACCUGCCCACCUACAAGGUGGUGGUGGUGGGUGAUGGCGGUGUCGGGAAGAGCGCCCUCACCAUCCAGUUCUUCCAGAAGAUCUUCGUAGUGGACUACGACCCCACCAUCGAGGACUCGUACAUCAAGCACACGGAGAUCGACGGCCAGUGGGCCAUCCUGGACGUGCUGGACACGGCCGGGCAGGAGGAGUUCAGUGCCAUGCGGGAGCAGUACAUGCGCACAGGCGAUGGCUUCCUCAUCGUCUACUCGGUGACGGACAAGGCGAGCUUCGAGCACGUGGAACGCUUCCACCAGCUCAUACUGCGCGUCAAGGACAGAGACUCCUUCCCCAUGAUUCUGGUGGCGAACAAGGUGGAUUUGAUGCAUCUUCGCAAGAUCUCCUCUGAGCAAGGCCAGGAGAUGGCUGCCAAGUACAGUAUCCCCUACAUUGAGACAAGCGCCAAGGAUCCACCGCUCAACGUCGACAAGGCUUUCCAGGAGCUGGUUCGGGUGAUACGGCAACAGAUUCCCGAUCGAGACAAGAAGAAGAACAAAAAGAAAGACCGAUGGAGACGUGAACGGUCGCGAGAGUCCAAGCUCAAUUGUGUGUUGCUGUGACGCACCACGCAAAGCGGAGAAGCGUUCCCGCGAUUAUUUAUACAACACGACCAGGGGAGCGAGCAGCCGUCAAAUAACCUCCCCCUCCUCCCCCCCAGCCUGCUGAGAAGAGCACGAGUGUCCAGCUCGUUGUGUCUGCACAUAACAAAUGAAUGCUCAGGUAUGCGAAUCAAGUUAUGCUUUUACGACGCCGGGCAGCGAAACACUUGUUGGUGAGAUCACGACGAUUUUUGUUGGCCUGCUCAGGACGGCCCCGUUUACAGCACGACUGCAUGGCCACAUUUGGCUUUCUCACCAGCGUCAGUGCAAAACCGCUUGGCUGCUGCUCAAUAACUGUAAGCCUUCAUCUCAAGGGAGGUCAAGUGGAAUUUUUAAUGAUAAUUACAAAAAAUGUGCACAAUUUUUGGCCCAUAAAUUACAGAUGUAUCAGCAAAUGUCACUUUCCCUUAAAUCACGUGUUUACCAAAUGCCUCUGCACUUGGUGUUGUGAGAAGGCCUUCUUUUGAUACAUUAAGCCAUGGUAUCAAUAGCAGAAUGCUCUUUUGUACCCACAAUAGUCAAACACGGCACAAUAGCUGCCAAAUGUUGGCAUGAUGAGAUUAAAGUUUGUUCCCGUGGGAAUCUGUGGAGAGGUUUCGAUUCACCCAGUAAAACGGGCACAUUGUUGAAUUGCAUGGGUCUGCUUGGUGUGUCUAAAUUGUGAGGAAAAAUACAAAAAUGCGAUUCAAGAAUUCCCACACGCUUGGUUGUACGACACCUCCACAGAGCCCCAUUGUACGUCGUUUGGACGAACAGACGCACUGUAGCGGUUUCAAGAACACGGCGGGUCGGACUCGUCUGCCGUGCGUUCUAUGGCGAACUGCCUUUUCUAAACACUAACAAGAUGAUCCGUGUUUCUUACCUUGCCAUACUUUUUUUUAAAUAAAAAUAAGAGUAACUAUAUGUCAUACUCCGCAGCACAGCAUGUUUAUACGUAAACAUUUGUGAAAGUAUGAUGUGCACAUGACUGUUUUAAAUGUCUAAAUGUAUAUUGUGCAAACCUUCUUGUUAUAGAAUUUUAUUAUUUGUGUGCAUUAGCAAUUCGUUGACCGCAUAGUGCAUUUGCUGCUGAGAUUAUAAUUGUAGUCGUGGUCGGCAAAUCAACUGCUUGGCUUGCCUCGGAUGAAAGUCCUGAACCGUGUGCCUGAGCUCAGUCAAUGACAUUUCAAUACACGGAGCCUACGCCAUUCACCCACUGUUUGAAGAGCUCCGCGUUUGUCGAAGAGGCUGAUCGAAUGCCGCUUGAGCCACGGUCACGAGCCGCCGAGUCUCUUCAGCCACCCGCAUCUAAUUUAUCUCUGCCCAAGUGACCUUGGAGGUCACAUAACCACAGCCACCACGGCUUGAGUUGGAACCUCACGGUCGCCGUGUCGCUGUGAAAAUCUGCGUGGAAGUGACUUUAUAUGCCCCCUCCAUAGGGCAGCAAAAGAGAUGACAGACAUGUUAACUGGAAGCAGUGAUAGAAAAAAAAACCUCGGCCAAAGUGUCUUGGCCAGAUGUGAGCACUUCUGUUAAUGGAUGAUUCCAUUUAUGGAAAAGCUAGCUUUUGUUUAUAACUGGUGCAGAUAGCUUAUGGAUUAAAACACGGAAAGAUUAACAUUUCAAUGAAGUGACCUAAUAGACUGUAUUGGCGUGUGUGUGUGUACUAUUGGUGUGUGUGUGUACUUGUGGGGGAGUGGUAGUGUAACGGUGAGCGUGCUGCGCUACGAACCUGGCUACCCGAGUUCGAUUCCCGCUCACGGCCAACAUCAGUGACGGUUAUCUGAACCGGGCCUUGGCCUUAAAUGAGUACUUGGUGCGAUGUCUAAACAUCGCCACUGGGGAGACAAAGGCGGCUGGGCGUGGUGCUGGCCACCCACCCCCUCGUGUGUCGUUCUGGCCUUCAUAGGUGCUCGCUAACAGCCCUUGCCCCAACAGUCUGUUAAGGCUAUACGGGGAGUCUUUGUGUACUAAGAAAAGAAUGCAUUAAUUAAUGGAAUAUAAUUAUUCACAUGAUACAUACGCAAAUUUGUGCAUGCGAGAAUUGAUUAUUUGCAAAUGAAAUGCUAAUGUUACAACGGAGUGAGCAAAACUGUACAAACAAGACAGAGAAAAUGAGAUCAACACAAAUAUUAUAAAUUCAUUGUGAAUAAUAAUUCAUAUUCUGAACGGAAUCGCAACCCCAAAUUGUAAAAAAUUCAUCGCAUCAUUGAGAGGUGAAUAUUUACUCGUGUAUUGUAUUCAGAGCAUACAUUCACAAAUCAAUAUAUUACGCACAUGCCACGAUGCACGUACGCAUGUUCUGCUGAUUAGUAUGCAAUGGUUAAAUUACAAGCGAAGUGGGAGACGUCAAUCUGCCUUAUUAACGAUUAGUUCCGUACUAAUGGGUUCACCCUUCCAUUAUGAAGUUGAUGUAAUACCCCAAAUCUGCAUGUUCGCUCAUUACCCUGAGGUUGGGCAGUUUAAUCGAGAGAUCAGUUUCACAAUUGAUUGUAUAGACCAUGCCUCAGUGUCAGAAACCUCAACACCAGCUCUCUUGUUAAAUAACUGUGGGGUUGUAUUCAUCCUGUUAACAUAAAAACACUUGACUCUCUACUUGGGAUGAGUUUGGGUUUAAAAUGUCAAAAUUUCGGAUCUUUUUUGAUUUCCGGAUAAUUUACAAGCUACAAUAUACCAUGUAUUUGUGAUAACAAUAGUGAGGUUACCCGGAUAUCACAUUGACACUACUUUUGAAGGGAAAAUAAUGGAGGUAACAUGAUAUGUGAUGUCAUGUCCUGUGACAUUCUUUCGGAUCUAAGACAAAACACAAUUUUAGAUCUUCCGAAAUUUCGUAUCUAGGUUCAAUUAAAAAUUUUGUUUGGAAUAAUCUAACAAUCUGCAACAUUCCCCAAGGCUGUACUAACAUGUCAGCCAUUGUUACACCGCGUGGCUAUGAAUAAGUGGUUGUUUUUAAAUUUUUUUUCUAAAAUCCAAUACAGUGUUAGUCGUGUUCAAGGUAAGUUUGUGUUGAGCUGUUAAUUAUUGUUAUCGAGCAGCUCACAUUUUCAUCAACGUAUGAGUUCAAUUGCGCAACUCACAGGGAUUUAACAUUUCACCCCUGGAAAUUCAACAGAUUGUCCUGAUGUCGGGCCACAAUUCAAGAAUCGAUUUAUUAUUAACAUUUCCUCUAGUGGCUGCAGGGGUCACGUGAACCCACUACAAUAUACAUAUUUUAAAAAAACAAUGACUUACGCAUACGUUUAGUUGCAUGCAUCGUGAGCUUAACAAUCAAUGUUAAUCGAUUAUAUAUCAUUUCGCCAUGAGCAUUUCAUUCUAAAAUAAUGUUCUCAACAAAUUUUGAGUUGUGAGCAGUUGUUAUCCUGGCCGCUGGACGUGGCUUCACUGACCAGGAGGUACUAGUAGCUACUCGUCACGGUCGUGCCUCCUCGAUGGCGCACAGUGGUGCCCGGUCCAUAGGUGUCCUAUUCACGUGCUUCCACUUGCCACGAGACGGCGUGGAAGAUGAGGCCUAAUACCCUCUGGAGCUCCCUCUAGUGGAGGACCUUUCGCCAAUAGUGGUGUGAGCAAUCAAUUACUUGGCAGUUUUGCGCGUCUGGGAACAGCAAUGGCAUUUGCACCUCUUCUUCUUAGUCGUGUCUCCUGUCCAACCUAGAUAGUCUUUUCCCAAUAUUCUGCACAGGCCACCGUUUUUGAUGUUGGCAUUUCCCAAUCUUAAGGAGUGCAUUGUGGUGCUGCAGGGCAUCUCACGAGAUGGUCUAAGGUUUGCUUCUCCUGACAAGCACAUUGUUCGUUUGCGCAGAAGCCCCAUUAUUUCAUGAGAGUUGCAUCUGCCGAAACCCACCCUCAGUCUGUUUAUGCUGCGCCAUGUGAGCCAUUUGGAAUUGGAGCCAGAUGCGAGCUCAUCACUGGGGGUGAUUCCUCAUGUCACUUGUCUACACACACACAUUAUUUGGUGAUACUGCGUUGGCAGUGGCGCACAAAGGAAUAAAACAUGUGACAGGUGAUGCUCCGGGCAAUGUCCCUUCUUGAAAGCACAAAAGGUGCCAUUAUGCUAUCGCGUGCUAUGAAGAAGAGCCAUUGCCCAAAACGUCGCCUGCUAUAUAUUUUCCUUUUAUCGCACAAAGUACAGACAUGUAUUCGCUCUGCGACAGCCGUUGCUGCGAGCACCUCGUGUUGACAUUGCGCCACGUUGCUGCUGGCCACACUUGUGCAAUAUAAUCUCUGGCAACCAGAGGCUCCAAUUCUAACUGGGAAGAGGAAUUAUCUCACUGCGCCUUUCUUCCGAAAAGCCUCCCAGUGAGCUGUACCAGCCAGCGGUGGCACAGCGAAAACCCAUCGUGUGCAACUCCCCCCCCCCACCCUCUCCUGAGACCUAUCAGCCACACAUACUCUGGUAAAUUUGAAAAUACAGUGAUGAAUGUGGCUGAUUGCUGUUCAUUCCUCCAUAUCUGUCCACCCAGCAGUAUAAAUAAAUGGACACACCACAGUUAUUCAGUCGGCCGGGUAAUUGGUCAUCGUGGAAGACUAAGCCGCUAUAAUGUCUAGAGAGUGCCUGUAGAGCUUUCUCUAGUGGAGGCCCUUCUGCCAUCAAUGGCAUCCGCAAGCACUCGCAGGGCUGCACCUUUACCACUAUUUGUUAUUUAAGUGAGUUUUAAAAAGCCACUAUUGACAGCCAUGCUGACCUUAUUGUGACUGCCAGGACUCUAGCGAAAGAUGUAUUUUCUAAAUGUCCCUUUUGAUCGAGUGUGACUUUUGACUGCUUUGUAGUCUGAUCACAUCACAGGAUGGGAUAUAAUCUGAGUGUAGCCGCCCACGAGCGGGUCAAGUUUGCUCUGUUGUAUUUGACUAUUUAAUUGUGGACGAAUGUACGCAACUAUAUUUCUAUAAGUAAUUAUCUGGCUAUUUUAGGUCAUCUUCUCUUCGUAAACCUUUGAAUCAAUUUCGAACUCAUGCUUAAACCAUACGUUUUGUAUUCUCCCAAUACUCAAUAACACCUCCUAUCCUGCUUUUCAAACUUGUCGAAGCUAGAUACAAGCUAUAGAGCUACGUUUUUCAAUUAAUAAUAUUUGCCUUCACAAAUUUCAAAUUCUCUCUACGUAUUGUACUGCAUAAACACAUCCAAAAGCUACGAACAUGACUAAUUGUGUCGUUGAUGAAUGAGAAAUGAUGGGUUGUGCUUCCUAUUCUUAUCCCAGGACACUGCCCCUGGUGCAAUGGUUAUCACACUGGACUAGCCAUCCAGAGGUCACCGGUUCUCUUUGAUCUCUUGGAGUGACAGUUCAAACAAUGGGCACAUUUCUUAACCCCCCUCAACCUCUGUCCUCCCUACCGUUUAUGUACUCUACUAUAAAUAGGAAUGCCACAUUUAAUCAGCAGGUUACGUUUAGUGGGGUAAAGUGUGGAUACUCCCACCACGACGUUUCGUUAGCAUGUAAGAGUAGGAGGCCAUCCUGUCAGCAGUGACAUAAGCAAGCACUUUUAGAGCUCGACCUUUGCCUAUUCUAACCCCAAGAAGGAGAAAAUGCAAUGGACAAUACGAUUUGGAUCUAAUGUGUAUACUGUCGAAAUGUUACCGCAUCUCAAAGGUUAUUCCUGGCUGAUAACCCCAUGGACAGAAUUACAGGGUUGGUUUUAUAGCCGCUUAACCAACUUCCACUUAACAUUCUUAGGGAUAAAAUAUAUGUGUUUUUCUCAUUACCAAGACUUCACAAUUGCAAGUAGAACACACAGUGCAUUACACACAAUCUACUACUGCAUUCUUACUGCUGCUAUUCACAUUAGGUGGACACCUGUGAAAACGAGCUUUGUCGCUCAUUGGGUUCUUCCAGCUUAAAUCGAAUGUUUGUUUCUAUAGGUGGUGGUGAUGCCACCAUCUUGAAAGUUUGUUGUUGGUGAUCGUGUCCACAAGCAUGUAAUUUUUUUCGGGAAGUUUCCAUGAUCCAUUAAUUUACUCUCUUAUAUUUGAUUCAUUUAAGCAGCUGUAUCCUACAAUUUUCCUUUUCUGAUACGUGUUUUUACUUGUUAAUAAGAAAGCAGUGUUAUUUUUCCCACUGUGUUUUAAUGUACAGGAUUUUAGGAAAGACGUAAUUGCAUUGACCUUGAAUGACAGUUUAAUCAAAGCGUUUGUGUUUGAUUUGUACACAUGCCACUCGAUCACACAUUGAUCACAGCAUGCAGAUUGUUGUAUUUUUUCGUGUUUCUUUACAGAUUUAAUUUCCACUUUCAAAUUGUUAAUGGAGCGUGUUUCACAACAUUUAAAAAAUAUACACAUUAUUUCGGUAAAAAAUACCAUCCACGGUUAUAAAAUGAUCAGUAUUCUUAGGUUUUUUUCGGUAAAGUCACGUAGGUAAAACAUUAAAAUUAAUAAAAGUAUAAUAAAACAAAUAAAAAAAUUCACGACAUUUCGGAAGCAACACAAGCCUCCGUCUUCAGGUGGAACCGUCACAGCCACGACAGCUGUAUCAAGUAAAUGAGAGAUUGCAGGAGCUACCACUCCGUUUAUAUAAUGGUUGGAGAGGGGGGAAGGGCCAAGUACAGCACACUUUUUAUUCAUAUGGUAAGGUGAGGCUUAAGAGGGUGAGCCUUUGUUAUGGAGAGGUACGGUUUGUGACUCAACCUGUGAAAAGGAGAAAACAACUAAACAUGGUAAACCUGUAAUAGUUGUCUGUCAAAUAAGAUUGGCCAAAUAAGUGUAGUUAAAUCUUUUUUGCAUGGUUUUUAUUUUUUAUUUUAUUUUACUUUUAUUAAUUUUUAUGUUUUACCUACGUGACUUUACCGAAAAAACCUAAGAAUAUGAAUCCUUGCAGUCACGAAAGCUUCAAAUCUAGAAUUAAAUGAUCAGUAUUCUGCCCACGAAUGCAUAAACGUCUAUUCUGAAUUAGUUUGGUUUCUCACGCCCAUUUCCAGGUGAGAAUCUUAGGGAAUGAAUGUACCUCAAGACGAAGCUUUACGCUGAGGAAAAAAAAAAUCCAACUGUGUGGGUUGUGUUUGCAGUUGUGCUGCAUAGCUCGGUGCGUUUUCGGGUUGUACCAUCUGUUGUUAGGCAUGCUAUCUGACGUUUCGCCCCAUGUGUUGGGAGCUUGUUCAGGUACAUUUCUCUACACGUGCUGAGAGCCACUUCGAAAGCUGUUGCUCUCAGCAACGGGAAUGAAACGUCAGAUAUGCCACACAACAUACGGUACAGCCUGAAAAUACAUCGGAGGGUUAAAACUGUAUUCUGUGUGUGAUGCCUACCUGCUGAUAGUGUAGUAUCCAACAGUUUGUGUAGGAAGCUAAAAGCGCCUUCUCUGUGGAAUUCAUAACAUUUUAUGUUUUUACUGCUCAGCAGUUUGUCAGAUUGUCAAUUAGUCCUUUAAAUGUUAAUUUCCCCACUCAUGCCCACCGUACUUGGAGUGAGCGUUUGCCUUGGCAGCAUUAUUGAGAGGUUAAUGAUGGCAGAGAGCCCUCGUUAACCCCCGGGGCAUUUAUACAGUGUGCCACACUGGCCUUGCCUUCAAGCCAUAGCAAAGGUGUUUCACAAAGUGCAGAAAAGACCAAAAAAUACAGCACAUUUGUGCCAUCCCCAUAGCCAAAAUAACUAGUACUGUGUGCGUUAGCUUUGAUAUAUAUUUGUAAAGAUUGUUUUUGGAAGGGGGGAAGGGGUUGUCGGGCUCGAAUAACGUUGACUCUGGCCCAUCAUGUAUGUCACGUUUUACAUCAUACAAUGCAUAUACAUCCACAUUGAAUCAAACAUUGAGGCUGCCUUUCCCGAGCAUUGCUCUGUGCAGUUAUUGCACGAUGCAUAAGUGAUCAUUUGAGCUGAUGCUGCUGAACCACUAGAACCUCGCUGUGCUCACAGCACACAUGGUGUGCACUCAGCAAAGUGUGAUUAGCUCAACGACCCCGACAGACUCCCUCUGCACGAGUAUCUAUCAAAUUGUUGACUCAGUGAGCGAUGAUGUUCAGUAAUAACACCACAACUGCGUGAUGAGUUGCCGCCUUAAGUUUAACUUGUGAGAUCCAUUGCAUCGUGAGAUCGCGAGAGAUGUUGUCUGCUUGGGGGAUGCCUUCGUCUUGCAGUAUAUAGAUCUUGGCUGAUGACGAUGUGUGCCAUUAUGCUGGCUCUUGCUUUCAUCCUGCAUGUUGUGUCGUUUCUUGGAUUUGUCAUUAACUUCUCAUUUGCAAGCAUGACCACCAUGCUUUGUACAUUUUUCUUUGUGGGUAAAUGUGCUUUUAACAACAACAAUAACAAUAAAUAAAAUAUUUCCUAUGUUAUGCACUGCUUGUGAAUUGUUUUUGUACGUUUGAUGUACGGUAAUAGUUUAUGUAUUGUCAUGCCAUACGAUGUCAAUAAAAUAGACUAAAUGUCUCACUGUAAACC